GAAGACGUCAAGACAACUGAAUAUCUCCAUCUGUGUUCAUGUUUCCAUUUUGUUGAUGAAAUUUUUUUAACUGAAUCUGGAGCAGAAGCUCGGCUGAAACCACAGUGAGAACCUAUAAACCUUACAUCUGUAAUGGACAACUUCACCUUGGUCGCCAAUCACUCAGACUGUACCACGCCCGACAUCGCAUUCGGGUGGAGGUCGUUCCUAUUUUUCUACAUUGCCAUCAUCAUCACCGCCAUCCCGUCCAACGCCUUCUCCCUCUACGUGUCAUGGCAGCACAUUAGACAGAAGAAUGAGCUCGGUGUGUACCUGUUCAACCUGGCCCUGAGCGACCUGACCUUCACUGUGGGUUUGUCUCUGUGGCUGGACUACCUGUGGCAGGGAGUCUGGGCCCACGGGCGUAACGUGUGUUUGCUCUCCGUCUACUCUCUCUUCACCAACUUCUACACCAGCGACGCUUUCCUCUGCUGCGUCGCCAUCGACCGCUACCUGGCAGUGGUCCACCCGCUGAAGUGUGCAUCCUUGAGGAGAGUUGGCCCUGCAGCAGCGUUGAGCGUUGCCAUUUGGGUGCUGGUGAUCUGUUUCAAUGUCGCCACCAUCACGUGGGAGGACUCGUACCUGCCGAACAACAAGUCUUCCGUGUGCUUUGACACCUUCCUCCCGCUCUCAGAGAAUAUGGCUCGCACAAACGUGCUGCGCUUCUUCCUGGGGUUUGUGGUUCCUGUUCUCCUGGUGGUGUUCUCCACCUGGGGGAUCUGCACGGCGGUGAAGUCCAACAAGGCCACAGAGGAACAGGAGCGUAAACGGAUUUCCAGGCUGCUGAAAGUGGUUCUACUCUGCCUCUUGUUCUGCUUUGGACCCAUCCACAUCAUGAUGCUGCUCCGAGCGCUGGUGGAUCACUGCUCUUAUGUCGCCUGGUUCAUCUAUCCCUACAAAAUGAGCCUUGCCAUCUCCACGCUCAACUGCCUGGCAGACCCACUGCUCUACUGCUUCAUUACCAGGACAGGACAGAAGAACGUUAAUCAGGUCAUGCUCUUCUUCCAGGGAAAGAAGAGAAGCAAACAUGAGGGUGUAGUGUAGAGGAGACGCAGGAUAGACCAUGAUAAUUAUGAGUUGCAGAAGUUAAGAAUAGAGAUGUUUCAAGUAAUAAAGAUAUUGUGUCUAUUCUUCAACAAAAACUGAUGAGUCUGAAAACUGCAUUAUGCAAGAAGAAAAGUGUAGUUUUUAACAACCAUGACUCAAACAGGAAUAAAUGGUGAUUUGUUGGAUAUUUUGAUAUAUGUUAUUAUUUAUGAUGAUAUCCUACUGAGACAGUUAUCUUUAUUAUUGGUGCUAUUGUUGCUCUUAUACGUGUCCAUUGGCGUGGACGUCAUCAUUAUAAUUGUUUUGAUUACAGAGAUUAUUUGAGUAUUUAUGGUUGUGUACAAAGUGAUGAUGAGCUCAUUUAAAAAUGGAUGUCACAUGUGUAUUUGUGUGUUUGUGUAUUUAUGAACGUGUUUUGUUUUAUGUAUGCUUAUCAAUGACAAUAAACGUCUUGUUCUCUAUUCUCUAACCCUAACCCUAAGCCUGAAGACAGUAUGUGUGUAACUAACUGAAAAUAAAUA